AUGUCCUCGAAUAGCCAGGCCCCAAAGUAUAGCGAGUACAAAAUCAAGUCCUUUCUGCAAUCAACAAACUACCACGUCAUGCUGAUGCCCGAAAAGGGAGGCGGUGCUCUUCCCUUUUCCGAAUUUGUGCCACCCGUACGUUUAUAUCGAAACUCCAAAGACGCCAUUUCGGAGGCGUCUCCUCCGAUGGAUGGCGAAGAAAAUCUUGCCUCGUCAAAUCCAAGAUUAAAGAGACGCUCGCAAAUUAUCACCCAUUUUGAAUCUCCAACUCAAAAGGCCCUCAAAGCGGAAGAAGCAGCACCUUGGGUUCUGGAGGAUGGCGAUGGAAAGUCCUACUCUUCGCGACUUGAAGGGGGGCAACAGCAAAAAUAUGUUUUAUUCGGCGCCGAGUUUAGAGUGUUACUGGUCAACAAAUGGUACCGAUUUUCGCCCCGGCUUUCGCUUUCCACAAACAUCGGUCUCAAGGAGGAGGCCGAAAACACCAGGAAACUGCAGCCCACAACGCGUUUGGAACAGAUUGUCAUGAAAAAAGAGGCUGUCGUCGAAAUCGAUGAAGAGGAGCGCCCAGAUCAUGUUCCCGAUACCCUCACAAUAGCAGGACGAGAGAUGCGAAAGACACUUCGCCACCUGGAUAAAUCGAACCUUUAUCAAUCCGAUGAGGAUGAAUCCGAAGUUUUACCUGAGGAUUCGCUAUCCUAUUCAUCUGAAGAAGACGAGCGAACCGAAAAUGUGGCCUUGCCAUUGGAGAAAAAAGAGGUGCCCGAAGUCGUCGCCAAGGUAGCCAGGGUCUCCUUGCCCGCCUCUUCAGUGGGCCAUGACUCCAUGCUACUUACGGAUGCAGAUAUUCUCCCGCAUCUCCAAAAUGGCCCAAUCAAGGUGAAGGACUUGAUUCUGCUACUAAAGGGGCCUUUGAAGGCCAACCCUUCCAACAAAGAGCUUUUUAAAGAGCUCGUUAAAAAAUUGUGUGUCGUCAAGCUUGGACAAGGGGACGACGAAAAGUGGCUCAGUAUUAAAAAAUAG